AUGUUCAAAAGCAUCUACAUUUCCCCCAAAAUCGCGAACAACGCGUACAUGUCGCCCACGCCACUUCUGUCCAGAGCUGAAUACUACCAUCGCGCAAACCACGUCCUCACCUUCUUUGCCCCAAAAAAAGCCUUUGCUGAAAUCAUGCCUGCUGUCCGCUUUUUGCCGCAAAUGAAGUACGGUAUCAAUUCAUUUCUUCAGAAAGCAUAUCUCCCGUCUUCUAUGCCCAAAAGCGCCGUCUUCCAGCUCAUGCGUGCUGUCUGUUCGCCGUAA